GCGAAAAUAAGAAAUGUAAAAAAAUGGGAUUACAUGGCGGCUGUAGAGCGGUGGGAGAGAGAUCCGUGGCUCCGCAAUGGCCUCUCUUUUCCUCCCCAACGCCAUCACUUCUUCCUUCUUCAAUUUCAACUCUCAACGUCUCCAUUCUUGUCCUCUCUGCAAUUCCUUUCUCUCCCUUUCCUUCUCCUCUAACAGACUCACCUCCAUUUCCAUUCUCAACUCCAACAAGAUGGAAGGAAAUGAAAUUACGGAAGAAACUGCACAGACACAAAGCGGGGAGAAUUUAAAUGUAAAGAGGAAGAUUUUUGUGGCCGGUGCAUCGGGUAGUACUGGAAAAAAGAUUGUGGAGCAGUUGUUAGCAAGGGGAUUUGAAGUCAAGGCCGGGGUUCGAGAUGUAAGCAAGGCUAAAACUACUCUUUUCCCAGCCAAUCCUGCUCUUCAAAUUGUAAAAGCGGAUGUGACUGAAGGCUCGGCUAAGUUGGCAGAAGCCAUAGGUUCUGAUUCUGAAGCAGUAAUUUGUGCUACGGGCUUUCGCCGAGGAUGGGAUUUAUUUGCGCCAUGGAAGGUUGACAAUUUGGGCACUGUAAACCUAGUUGAAGCAUGCCGUGAUUUGGGCAUAAACAGAUUUAUUCUGAUCAGUUCGAUUUUAGUCAAUGGAGCGGCAAUGGGACAAAUUCUCAACCCAGCUUAUAUAAUUUUAAAUGCAUUGGGACUCGUCUUGAUUGCAAAGCUUCAAGCAGAGAAACACAUCAGGAAAUCGGGUAUUGAUUACACAAUAAUAAGGCCUGGAGGUUUGAAAAAUGAACCUCCCACUGGAAAUUUAGUCAUGGCACCAGAAGAUACACUUUAUGAAGGAAGUAUAUCAAGAGAUCUAGUUGCAGAAGUAGCUGUUGAGGCAUUGCUUCAUUCUCAAGCCUCUUACAAGGUUGUUGAAAUAGUGUCUCGAGAUGAUGCACCAAAACGUUCAUAUGAGGAUCUUUUUGGAUCCGUAAAGCAGCAUUAGUCGUCUUGCUUUAUGGUAGCAAUGGCUCAUGUUCCAAGCUUCCAUGGGCUAAUUCAUGCUGUAUUUCACUGCACAUAUAUAUAUAUAAUGUACUGUUUCUGUUAAUACAUUAUACAUUCAUGUUCUAGUGAUGAUGUGUAGUUUACUUGUUUCCUCUUACUGAGAACAUAAAGCAAAGAAUUAAAAGAACUAAGGAAUGAAGAAGAUUUUUUUUUCC